AUGGCUUCUCAUUCGGAGGUCCAGCAGAGCAUGGAGGAUCGCGUUGAAGACUGGAAGAGUGAACUGCCUAGCCCGGAUCCAAUCCCAUCCUGGUGGAUGAAAGAUUGCAAGAUUGUGCACAACUUGGUCAACCAUGUAUCAACCGACCAGGCUCGCGAUCGUCUCAAACCCAAGGAGAAUCCAUUGAAGAUUGUCUUGGUGGAGGCCAGGGAGUUUUGCAGCGGAGCAACUGGUCGGAACGGGGGGCACCUGACCGCCUCCGCAAUCUUGGCCACCAAAACGAGAUCAGAGAAAUUCUCGGCUGCAGAGGCAAUCAGGGCCGUCAAACUAGAGCUCAAAUCGGUCAAAGAUUUGCUAGAUCUAAUCCACUCUAACUGUUGGAAAGAUGAUGUAGAUCUAGUGCAAGGCGGGAAUGUGCACAUAUUCGAUAAUCAUAAAGAACAGGCCCAGCAGAUGGAUGAGCUCGAAUUCGCCAACUCACUUGGUCUCGAUUUGUCUGGCUUACAUUGGCUCGAUCGAAAGGCUGCAGUUCAAGAUUAUGGCUUACGGGAUUCAUUGGUCGGGGCACUAAGGAUCCCUGCAAACAACCUGUUCCCUUCAAAGUUGAUUACAAAAAUCCACAACCUCAUCCAAUCGAAAGCGUCGUUGAUUGAUGGGCUCAGCGUUGAACUUUUCACCCACACACCCGUCCUGAAAAUUGAGCACAUGGCCGUCGGGAACCCCAACUGGAUGGUUCACACUUCGAGGGGCGAAUUCGAAUCGAGGUACGUUGUCCAUGCAACCAACGCCUACGCCAGUUACCUUUUACCUCAGUUGAGGGCUAAUCUCGAGCACGCCAUUGUGCCUACUCGCGCCCAAGUGAUAGCCGUCCAACCAAAAUCAUACAGUCGGUCACAAAUCUGGACAAACGGAUUUAGCGCCAACGGAGGCUUUGAUUACCUAUUCCAAAGACCAGUUAAGGAUGCAGACAAGCAAAACGCUAAUCUUCGAAACCCAGUAGUUAUUCUAGGUGGCGGGAGAAACCAUGCACCACCGCCAUUUGAAUGGGGGAUUGGGGAUGAUUCAAGUUUGAAUGACCAAGUUGGGAAGUAUCUUCGGUCAUUCUUACCUCUAUGGUUUCCCAGUUAUUAUAGGAACAUGGACGACGGUGAUGUGGUCCAUGAGUGGCCUGGAAUCAUGGGAUUCACAAAAGAUAGCGAUCCGAUUGUCGGGCCACUGGUUGAAAAUGGGAACAAAGUUGAUGGCCAAUUCAUCGCGGCUGGCUAUUCUGGACACGGCAUGAGUCGAGCACCAGGAUGUGCUGAAGUGGUAGCCUCGAUGAUAUUUUCAGAGUUGAUGAAUGAAGAAUGGACUGUCCCAGAUUGGUUUCCUACUCAUUACCUGACAAUCAAGCCUUGA